AUGCAUAUUGGCUCGAGAACAGCUGGAUCAUCGUUCGGAAUUUUCAGAUCCUUCUCUCUACUCCAAAUUGCGCAAACUUUCGGCUGGUACAUUUUCUCGGCAUGGUGGUUCACCUUGAUCUACGUGUGGUCAUCUUCGCCGAAUGCCAAUCUCGAACUUGUGAAGCACGGCAAGCCACACGAGCGCCCGACCUUGAACGAACGCCCGAUCUACCUCCAUUCCUUCCAUAUCAUUCUCGCAUGCGUGCAGGCGGUUUUCCACUUGUAUUAUGACUACGACCGUGUGCCUGUGCCUGUCGCGGAGCGCAGCUCUAACACGAAUGAUGAACGUACUCAUCCAGUGCGGCCAACCUCCAAGUAUCUGCAGGACGUUUUGCCGCAACAAUUGGCGGAUGGAGCUCUCCGAGGUAUCGCUGUUGCGGCGGCCACCCUCGUGAUAUACCCUAUUUUCUUCAGGCGGAUCGCCUGGGGCUGGUCUUUGUACCUCGCCAAACUGUUUUGGAGCUUCCAAAGGUCGGCAGCCGAACCUCAGAGCUUUGUUCCUACAAUUUUCCCCUACUUCUUCUUCCGGACUCUACUACCAGGAUUGUUGCUUGUUCUUUGCUGGCAAAGCUCCAACCUCUUCUAUUCCGUUUUCCUUGGAAAAGAGCCAUUGAAGCGGGGCCAGCCACUAACAGCAGAUGCCAAGGAUCCCAAUGGCAGUCUAAUCAAUGGCCUCAAGGCAAAGAAGGAGGUGGUGAAGACUUUCGCACUCUGGGAACUCGGUUUGAUCAGCCAGCGCAUUCCCGAUCGCCGGAAGACCAUUUUCAAUGAAAUUGAUCGCGAGAAUGGAUCUGCCUGGUCCCAAGUCCUUGCUGCAACCACUGAGGUUAUCCGGGCUGUCAACACUCGCAUCGAGAUAAGCAAGAACCCUGCUCCUACCAAACCAGCGCCACAGGCCGCGAAACAAGAGCCUGUCCUUCACAAUCUCCCGCGACUAUCCGAUCCGAUCAAGGAUGACAACAUAUUUACCACUGCUCCAAAGGCCACUUCACGCCAAGAUAAGUUUGGCAAUGCAUUCAGCUCAACGGCCAAAUCCUUGGGUCAGUCUGAAGACUGGACCCCAACUGCGCGGGCCCGAGUCCGUGAUGUCUUUGACCGGGCAUCGUCAGCCAUGCUGAGCCCGAAGCAGAAGCAGAAACUUAUUGGCUCCUCUCAAAAGUUCAAGCUUCUUACUGGCGGUCCUUCUACGACUCAUAAACCCGAGGACAUCAACCCUAUUCUGGUGCAAUUUCUUCGCUCGCCCAUUGGUCAACCUUUCCGGCAAACAUAUUCCCAACGCCUGUGUGCCAUUGUUUUUGGAACACCCGAGUCUUCCUUGUCACCGGUCGUAGAUGCUGUGGAGUCUUUGACCCGACUCCUUAUUGCCAGCUUGACCGAAGACCCGUAUGGUAAAGUCCAGGCCGAUGUGCCGUCUUCCGUCCGACUUCUUACGGAAACUAUUCUUUCCUUGGAUGCAUUUGUUCACCAGGGUGGCUUAGAUGCUCAUUGGACGGAUGUCAAUUUUCCGUCACCUAGCAAUCCCGAAGCACAGGUAGAAGCUCGUCGGGUCCCCGAUGUGGAGAUUUUGCUGGCUACCCUUCGGGGCGGUCUCAACGAUGUGCUGAAAGCCUUCAAGCCCUAUCUGCGGGAUAUCGGCGUUGCCGGCAAAGAUUUAAGGCUGGCGCAGGAAGCUGCUGGCAUUGAAUCAGAGUAG